AACAACAGCUUCCGGGUGGCAGGUGACUGUUGUUUGUUUCGGGUCAAAUCAACGGGGGACGAGUCUUCCUCCAAUAAACCGUUUCUCCCGUUACUCUACCGGGACGUGACUGUGUUCGGUUGAUGUCCUUCCUGUAUCCGCAAACCGGCUCUCGGUCACGGUCCUCCCGCUGUUUGUUCCCGCACCGACCCUCUGAUGGCCUCCAGGCGGCCGGACAGUUUCGACGGGCUCGGCUACCGCGGCCGUGACGACCCGCUGUACGGAGCCAGCUACCCGGUCAGGAGCGCCGGAGCCCCCGCGGAGCUGCAGCACCACCACUGGGUCACCACGCCGCCGGACAUCCCCGGCAGCCGCAAUCUGCACCCCGCAGAGCGGACACCGCAGUACGACGAGCCGUUGGGAGAGCACGGAGCUCCCGCAGCCACAGCAGGCUGGGACGCUCCGCAGCCCGGUGUACCGCCUGCCGAACAGUUAAAUCGAUUCGCGGGCUUUGGAAUCGGUUUGGUCAGUCUGUUCACGGAGAACGUCCUGGCCCACCCCUGCAUCGUGCUCCGCAGACAGUGUCAGGUGAACUACCACGCUUCCUGUUACCACCUGACUCCGUUCAGUGCUGUCACUGUCAUGUACAACAUCACCAAGGCUCAGGGUCUGAAGGCUCUGUGGAAGGGGAUGGGCAGCACCUUCAUCGUCCAUGGCAUCACACUGGGAGCUGAGGGCAUCAUCAGCGAGUUCACACCGUUACCACGGGAGCUUCCUCACAGGUGGAGCUGGAAACAACUGGCUGGACAUUUACUGCUUAAAGGGUUGACAGCUGUGGUGGCUCUUCCGUUUUACUGUGCCAGUCUCAUCGAAACCGUCCAGAGCGAGAUCGUCCGUGAUGACUCGUCCUCUGGUCUGCUGGACUGUGUCCGUGAAGGUCUGGCUCGGUUGCUGGGGGUGGGAGCUCCUCACAGCUGUCGCCUGCUUCCUCUCAGCUCUCUGCUGCUUCCUGCCGCGCUGCACGCCGUCCUGCGGUACGCCAUCGCCGCCUCCGUGCAGCGGGCGGCGCUGUGGCUGCACCAGCGGAGCAGGAAGCAGCGAGCUGACCCGUCCAACCCGCUGGAUGCCUACUUUCCUGAGCUGGCGGCGGCGUGGGCGGGGUCUCUGGUGGCGGACGUGGCGGUGUUUCCUCUGGAGACGGCGCUGCACCGCCUCAGCCUGCAGGGCACGCGCACCAUCAUCGACGCCACCGACGGCGUGGUCGCAGCAGGAAACGGCGGCAGCCCGCUGGUCCUGCCCGUCAACACGCAGUACGACAGCUUCUCCGACUGCCUCCACUCCAUCCGCCGCAAGGAGGGGGGGGGCGGCUUCUACCGGGGGUUCGGCGCGCUGGUGGCGCAGUACGCGCUGCACGCGUCGCUGCUGGCUGCGGCCAGGACUCUGCUGAGGCUGCUGCUGCUGGAAGGGAAGCGCAGCUAGAGGCGUUACCAUGGAGACACAGCAUCACUUCCCACAGAGUCAGCUGGUUCGCUCAUCUCUGCAGCCGUGACAGAAAGAAUCUGACCAGACGAGUCCAACGUGAAGAACCAGAGUGAGAACGUGUCACAGCAGCUGAAAUGAUAAAGUUAGAAAACCGUGAAAAACUUUUUCUUUUCUCAUUAGUCCAGAAGUCAAACAGACGUCAGGGAGGUCAUGUGACCUUUAAAGGAGCAGGUACCACCUGUAAACGCUGCACAGGGACGACUGGACCCGACUGACAGGAAGCUUCAUGAACUGAAACUUCCUGUCAGACUUUUGACUGGAGCGUCCAGCCAGCUGCCAUCUGAUGUACCAACCACAUGUGUCUCCAUAGCAACCACACAGAAAGCCCUAACAACCACCUGUCGUUUUAGUGACAUCAGAACGUGAUGUUGUGAUGUCAGAAUGUUUUGGUGACAUCAGAAACCAGCUGACCCUUCAGCACCUUUUAGCGUUCUUCAGUGGUCCUUUCACAGAAUUCAUGCCCCCCCACCCUGUUCCUGCAUGAAAGCAUGAAGUCAUGAACCUGUUUGAACACAGCUGCUGAGUCACCUGCAGUCCAGGUGUGAGGAUAAAGUUGAUCUGUACAGUUGAUCUGUAUAAAGUUGUAAAAAUGGAUUUAAUGUGUUGAAAAUGUAGAUUUAGAUUAAAUUAUUUGUGAUUAAUAUUUAACUGAAAGUUCAAAUCAAUCGAGUGAGGAAAAAUAAAUCAGUUCAAACCUGAAGCUGUGUCCGUUUUUCAAAAUAAAAGUCCAGAGAAAAAAGCCACAGAACAAAUUCAAAUCAAAUUUAUCAAAUUUCUUCAGUUGUCGUUGUUUCUGUCACGAUGAACAAUAAAGUUUUUUGUUCUUUUGCUGUGAAAUAAAGAGUUUUUCGUUUC